AUGGCUCGUUUCACAGCUGCGACGGUUAUAGCAAUAGCACUGACAUUGGCAAUAAUGGCGAGAAUGCCGACGGAGGCGACUGCAAUAACCUGCGGGGCGGUGAACCUCAACAUGCUGCCAUGCAUGAACUAUAUAAGAAAUGGUGGGGACGUGCCGUCGGAUUGCUGCAAUGGACUCAACAACAUCGUAAAUGCGGCGAAGACGACGGACGACCGCCGCACCGCAUGCAACUGCCUCAAGUCGUUGGCUUCGGGAGCGUCUAAUGAUGAGCUUAUCCGUGCCGCCGUUAUCCCUGACAAAUGCGGCAUCCCCCUCCCUUACAAAUUCAGCCCUUCCACUGACUGCGCCAAGUAA